AGAUCAUAGAACUUCUCACUCAGCUUUCAGAUACCUACCAAGAUGAUGAGCUACAGAGUUACGCUUUCUGUGCUUAUAUUAGCAUUUUCUGCCGUCUUCUUGGAAAAGUCGGACGCCCGGAACGUUGUAUUGAACUGCCCGACCAAUCAGGAACAAGGCUGCCGGCCCUGCUGGGGCGGGACAUGUGACAGCCUGAGCAAUCAUAUACAGAUCUCCUGCACCGGUCAAUGUGCCCCGGCCUGUGUCUGCAAGAAGGACUAUUACCUCCAGAACAAUGAGUGCGUCCCCGUGUCCCAGUGCAAAGUCCAGUGCCCGGAGAACAUGGUGUUCAACCCCUGUGUGAAGAAGACCCUGACCUGUGAGACCCGAAACAGCGAGGUGGCCGAGUAUAAAGAGUGCAAACCUCGCUGCCAGUGUGCGGAGGGUUAUAUCUUCUCUGGUAAGAAACCUCAAGACUGUAUCAAGGUCAGCGAAUGUCAGAACCAGACGAAUACUCAGUAAGGAGGAGCGAGACGUCACAUAGGUCCAUCAUUCCAGAGAUGGGGGAGGGGGUGUACAUAAUAUGUGUAUAAAUGGAUGUAUGUAUAAUGUAUUGUCAUUUUAUUAUGUAAGUUAUAUGCAAGUGGUCAGUUUGUCA